UGCCUCAAGAUGGAUUUAAGGAAGUUCCAUAAAGAUGAAGAACUGAAAACCAAACCCCUAAAAAGUAGGGUUUUUGUCUUGAUUUGUGGCGGUGAAAGUGACAACGACGUGGAGAGGGAGCAAUUGACUAGGAAUCUAAGCUUUGAAUUCACACAACCACACGUUAGGUGCGAUGCAUACAACUUCAACUACUUCUCUGCAAUUUUAAUUUAUUAAAGAAAUUGCAUCACCACAUGUAUGGGAGUGGGCAGGCUGCUGGCAGUCCUGUACCUUACGUUUUCUCCUUUUUACACCUUUUCUUCAUUUAUAUAUAUAAUUUAUAUAGGCUAUAUAUUAGGUUCUUUUGACUUAUAGGAAUUGACAAUUUCUAGAAGAUCAUUCCUCCUGCUGCCUUCCUUUAUAUCAGUUUUAGAUCAGGGGUUGCUAUAUUCUGCUUCUCUCUAGGAGGUUUUAUUGAUUUCAGCGGUGAAUUGUUGUAUUGCUUCUGCAAUGUCGAGUUUGGAGGAGCCUCUUGGUAUGGACAAGUUGCCAGGUCUAAGCACCAUUGAUCUUUUCCAAAGAUUCUCAUCCAAUGGCUGCAGCACAAGCCGAGGGGACACUGGAAUGGGAAGUUGCUGGAUUGAGCAAAAUACUUCCAGCUCAUCGAAUAGCUAUGACCUGCAUAUUCUCAGGGAAGAUUUUGAGUAUGAGCAAGAAGCAUUCACUUGGAGGCACCAUGCAAGAGAUAUUCCAGAGAAUGACGUUAUUUGUCGAAGCCAAGGGAGGAACUAUGCAGCAUAUGGAAAUCGGUGUGAUUCACGACAUUUAGCCAACCUUCAGCAUAACUCAUACUGCAAUGAUGUAUGCCUACAGGACAUAACAAAUAAGAUAUUCAGAGGCAUACCAAAGUAUGUGAAGAUCGUGGAAGUUGGUGCAAGGGAUGGGUUACAAAAUGAAAAGAAUGUGGUGCCCACAUCUGUGAAGGUAGAACUAAUUCAGAGGCUUCUUUCUGCUGGAUUGUCUGUUGUUGAGGCCACAAGCUUCGUAUCACCCAAGUGGGUACCUCAGCUGGCGGAUGCUAGGGAUGUUAUUGAAGCAUUUAAAAGCUUAGAUACUGCAAGACUGCCUGUAUUGGUACCUAAUUUGAAAGGUUUUGAAGCUGCUGUUGCAGCUGGGGCAAAGGAAAUAGCUGUUUUUGCAUCAGCAUCCGAGUCCUUCUCAAAGUCCAACAUUAAUUGUACCAUUGAAGAAAGUCUUACCCGUUACCGUGCUGUUGUUCAGGCUGCUACAAAGCUCUCGAUUCCCGUUCGUGGGUAUGUAUCUUGUGUGAUUGGAUGUCCUGUUGAUGGAAUGAUUCAUCCAUCAAAAGUUGCAUAUGUUGCAAAAGAGCUUCAUGACAUGGGUUGUUGUGAAAUAUCACUAGGUGAUACAGUAGGGAUUGGCACACCAGGCACAGUUAUCCCGAUGCUUGGAGCGGUCAUGGCGGUGGUUCCUGUCGAAAAACUUGCAGUUCACUUCCACGACACUUAUGGCCAAUCUCUUCCGAACAUCUUAGUAUCCCUCCAAAUGGGAAUAAGCACAGUGGAUUCAUCGAUUGCGGGUCUAGGAGGGUGUCCGUAUGCCAAGGGAGCUUCAGGAAACGUUGCGACUGAGGAUGUGGUGUACAUGCUGGAUGGCCUUGGUAUCAAAACCAACGUCGAUCUGGGUAAGCUCUUGCAAACAGGUGAGUUCAUCUGUAAGCAUUUAGGACGCCCAUCGGGAUCCAAGGCUGCUGUCGCUUUUACUUCUAGGAUAUAAGAAAGUAGUCGUUUAUAUAUAUAUAUAUAUAUAUAUAUGUAUACAUAGCCAAAAAUGGAGAUUAAUAUUUGCCAGUUACAAGCAACUUGUUCAACUGGUCUUGUACCAUUCUGAAUCAAACAGAAUAACGCAUGUGGUUACUAUAUAAAGAUACCUAAUUCAUAGCAAAGGAUUAUUCUCUUUUUGGUGUGUAUGCUCAAAAGUCAAUGAAAGUC